AUGAACUUGUCUAAUACUCCCCAGGAAUGGAGCCCAGAACGCCAUAUCCAGUUCAUGGAUGAAAACCACAUUGCGAAGUCAAUUCUGUCCAUAUCCAGCCCUGGCGUGUACCUCUCCCCGCCUUCGAAAGCUGCAACCGAGAACGCAACAAAGCUCGCUCGCCAGGUCAACGACUAUGCAUCGGAGGUCAAGGCCAAGUACCCAGACCGCUUUGGAUUCUUCGCGUCUCUCCCUCUUCCAGACAUCGCGGCAUCAUUGGAAGAGAUUGAGUAUGCCUUUAAAGAGUUGGACCCGAAGCCGGACGGAGUCGUUUUCAUGUCCAACUUCUACGGCAUGUACUUCGGCGACCCAGCACUUGACCCAGUCUUCAAGGCUCUGGACGAACUCAAUGUGACGAUAUUCGAGCAUCCGACCACACCAUGCACCGAGGCCAAUCAUUUGACGUAUAGUAUUGACGGAGAAACCGCCGAGAUCACCCAAGCAGAGUGGCAGGCGCUGAACCGACCAGUCUCAACCCGCUUACCGAGGGCACCAACCCUAGACUUCCCAUUCGACACGGCUCGGACAUUUCAAGACAUGUUCUACUCACAAGUGCCCAGUCGGUUCACCAAGAUCAAAUGGAUCUUGUCUCAUGCUGGUGGAGGUCUCAUCCCGACGAUGGACAGGAUCAUCAGCUACAGCUUGCCGGAGCAUAAUCUGACAGAGGACAGAAUGAAGGAGACGCUUGCUCGGAGCUUCUACUUUGAUCUUGCGGGGCCGUGGCCGGUGACGGAGGCUAUUCCACCGUUGAUGCGAUGGGUUAGCUACGAAAAGCUGCUAUUUGGUUCGGAUACACCGUUUACGCCGUGGGUCGUUGCAGCUGUUAGUGCUGUGAAGUUUGACAAGGGCCUUCAUGAGUUGUAUGGGGAUUCGGCAGAAGCGACGGCUGUGAGAAGGGGUAAUGCCGAGACUUUAUUCGGCUGA